AAAACUCCAAAAAAUCCCCUCUCUUGCGUCCUCCAAUCCUGAGCCGCCAUCACGGCGACCAUGCCGUCAACAGUCUCCUUAAGGGCGCCGUCGUGGACUACGUACAGCUCUUUCUUCGCAUCACAGAACCUCCCUCAACCAGCUGUCGACGCCGAAGAUUCAACGCCUGAGAGCAGCGCCGACGUGAAGAAGCCCACGUAUGGUACGGUAGUCGUAGCGAAACGAUUCCUUUUAUCUGGUUCGAAGAUCGCCGAGCUACGGGAGAAAAUAGGGUGCUUCCGUGGCCGGCAGAGGAUCGAGGCCACAAAAGAACCGCCGUCACAAAAGAAGAAGGCAACAAAUUAGGGUUUCAUUCUAGCGGUUAUGGCUGGCGGGGAAGCUGUGUGGAGCCAUGAGGAACACCGUCGUUGGUGGUGUCAGGUGUGGUGAUGAUUUGACGAUGGGAAGAUGGGCCGGCGUUGAGGAUAAAGGAUAAUCUUUGUA